AUGUACUCCAAUUCGCCUCGUAAAGGAGGGGAACAACAAUGCUCACCUGAAGUAUCUCCUACUCAGAUGGCCAGUACUGCUGUUUACGAGAUUGCCGUUCAUAGUGUGAUGGAAGGUGUCAAGGAUGUGGAACCUAUCGUGCCAUGCUGUAAUGGUGAGCGUGGUCGAUUCGUCUAUUUACAUGUACUGAGGACCCAUAAGUAUAAACGGGUUAAACUCAUGAUUCCAGUCGAUGCCACAGUCUACGAACUCAAGCGGGCGGUCUAUAUUGCAACUGAAGUCACCCCAGAUAGACAACUCCUACUUUAUAACGGCACAGAAUUAAGGGACAACAUGUCAUGUAUUUCUGAUUACGGCAUUAUGGGCCCGUGCACACUGACGAUGAAUGUCAAAAUGAACACUGGGAUUUUGAUUGACCGACAUCGUCUGGAUGACUUGGCACGAGGAAGGAUCAUCGAGAAACUCGUAAAAGGUCGAACCAUGACGAGCGCAGCUCAGGAACCUGAUAUCGCUCACAGCGUUGUUUCACGUGCACGGGGAGCAUUACGAACCUCUUACACUGCUGCACGAAGGAGAGGAGGUGGUCGACCACGAACAACUACUCUAAGAGGCUCUGAAAAUAAAAUCGACCCCUCGUACACAAAGUGGACACCGGAAAAGGAGGCGGAGCACAUUCUUACAAGGAAUAGAAUGAAGUGUUUACUACAAAGACGUAGACGGAAGUCAUCACUAGCUUUAUCGCCUCCAUCACCUAGCUCAGGCUCUGUAUGCAGCCGAUCGCCUCCAACGGAACCGGCUUCACCGGGUGAACCGAGCGAAAGGACUGCCGUCCGGCCUUCAUCGGCAACCAACACAAAUAAAGCAAAUGACUUGUAUAUGACCGACAAAGAACUCAAGUUUUUCUUCGAACCACCCGAAUCUGAGGAAGAAAUGCGACGCAAACGGCAAGAGCUCUUCCUUGUGCCUGAAACUGCGGAGGAUUUAGAGAAGAUCAAAAAAGAAAUGGAGAAUUGGGAGAAAACUGUUUGCAGUGUGAGUGGAUAA